UUUCUUUUAUAUAUAUAAACCAUAAAACAUAAAGCCAACUCUAAGUGUCAUAGAGAAGAAGCUAUCCUAGUUCCAAGCUGUUUAUUACCUUGCAUCUUCCGCAAUCACCUUCUCUCUUCACUCUUAUCUCUUUCUCUCUAAAAAUGUGACUUUGUUGUACGUGUGAGACUGAGCCUAAAACAGUACGGAUACUUGAGCAAAGGAACAAAUAUUGAAGUGUCCAAUGCGUACCAACAAUACCCUUUAGUUUACUCUCUCUAAAAAAACAAACAAUUCUCUAUCCUCUACACUCUAGUCUCUCGCUGUUUGUUCUCUACUUAACUCACAUCUCUAAGCUGUGUGCGUGAACCAGCGGAUAGCAAGGAUGAGUAAACAAGACAUGAUGAAAAGUCAGAAUUGCCUUCUCAAGGUCAAUAUCCACUGCGAUGGCUGUGAACAGAAAGUAAAGAAAAUCCUGCAGAAAAUUGAUGGGGUGUAUUCUGUGAACAUAGAUGCGGAGCGAGGGAAGGUGAUGGUGUCAGGGCAUGUAGAUCCAGCUAAACUGAUAAAAAAGCUGAAGAGGUCAGGGAAGCAUGCCGAACUUUGGGGUGGCCAGAGAGGCAUGAUGUACAACCAAAACUACCCCACCUACCCUCAGUUCAAGAACUUGCACAUAGAUAACACCAAAGGGGGUAGCAAGGACAAUAAGUCUCAGAAUCACAAGGGUGGUGCUCAGAAAGGUGGUGGUCAACUAGCACACUUCCAAAGUGCUAAUGGAGGGUCAAAAGUACCCCCCAAGAAUCAGAAAUCUGUCGACUUCAACUUAUCUGAAGAUGAACUUGAUGAGAGUGAUUUUGAUGAAUUUGAUGAUGACUAUGAUGAGUUUGAAGAUGAUUUUGAUGAAGAGGAUGAAGAGGAAGAGUAUGGUCAUGGUCAUGGUCAUGGCCAUGGGCAGCAGGGGCAUCCUAUGCAACAUAACAAGAUGAUGGCUAUGAUGGCCCAGAUGGGGAACGGGCGUGGGCCACAUGGGCCUGGUGGAAUGAUGAAUGGGCCUGCCAUGAACGGCCAUAAAGGGAAUGGGGGUGUCAAGAAGGGUGAGGUCAUUGAUCUGCCUAUACAAAUGAAGGGCAAAGGUGGAAACUUCAGCUUCAGCGAGGGUAAAAAUGAAAUAAAGGGCAAUGGAGAUGGUGGUCAAAAGAACAAAGGUGGAAAGCAAAAGGGUGGAGAUAAUAAUCAUAACAAUGGUAACAAGAAAAAGAACUCCAAAGGCAAAAAUGGUGGUGGCUUCCUAGUUCGGUUCCUAGGCUUAGGAAAAAAGAACAAGAAGGGAGGCGGAGGUGGAGGUUCAGCCGACACAACAACAAGCAAGAAUAAAAACAACAACAAAGGAAAGAAAGAUGGAGGUAAAUUCGACAAAAUUGACUUUGACUUCCAAGAUUUUGAUAUCCCUCCUACCAAAGGUAAAAAUGGCAAGGGUGGCAGUAAUAGUAAAAACAAUAAUGACAAGGGUCAUGGUAGCAAUAAUGGUAAUGUUGGUCACCACAUGGGUCAGAUGGGCCCAAUGGGUCAGAGAGGUCCAAUGAAUCAGAUGGGCCCAAUGGACCAUAUGAGGAAUAUGAACAUCAAUAUGCCGGCUGUGCAAGGAUUACCGGCAGCCUCGGCCGCCGCGAUGAACGGUGGUUACUACCAAGGCAUGCAGAUGCAAAUGCAACAACCCAACCCUUACAACAUGCAGCAGCAGCAACAACAGCAACUAAUGGCCAUGAUGAUGAAACAACAACAACAACAAAUGCAAGCAAACAUGAACGUGUACCCACCACACAUGAUGUAUGGAAGGCCACACCCACACCAAGACCCAUCUAUGAACUACUUUCCACCCCCACCAAUGCCUUCACACCCAAUGGCGGAUCCUAUCACGCACGUUUUCAGUGAUGAGAACACUGAGAGCUGCAGUAUCAUGUAAAUUAUUUAUUAGUGGUGACUAGUUUGUUUUAAUUAGGUUUUUCUACUAUUUGUUUGUAGUCUUCUUUCUUUUAUUUGGGGGGUUCAUUAAAUUUUGUCCUAGUGCUAGAAAAAUGUGCAACAUUUUAGGACUAUUAGGGAUAUCAUGUGCUGUUUGUUUUAUUUUGGUCCGGUCCUGCUUGAAAACAACCCGAUGAGUAGGACAUGCUGCUGCCAGUGCAAGGCGAUGACAGACUCUUUCACAUGGCCUUUAAUUUGCUCAAAUUAAAUGGAGCCAUGCUCCCUGUAAAAUUCAAUGCUCUAGAUUCUGUUGGCUUUACUAUUGGCCAAAUAUGUUCUUUUCACACAUGUUGGUCACAAUAUUCAAUACUUAAGUUCAACUUCAAUUG